ACCAAUUUGCCUUGUCACUCCCUUCCUUCCAUUGUUAUAUCUACCUCCCCUUCCCCUUCCCCGUUGCCCCCUUCCCCCGGCCAUCUCGAUAAGUUAGAUCAAAUCGAUACCGAACCUUGUAUGGUACGGAAGGGACCAUGCAUUUCCUACCUGUUACCCUGGUCUCGCUUAUCUCAGCUGCACUCGGAUCUCCCACGGGCGGCAGCGAUGGGUUCGGCGAAGUAGCGGCUCGAGAUAUCUUGCUGGGUCGUGCAUCCCCGGAAAACCCGUCCGGCACUUACGCUCCAGCAUUCGUCGACUGUCCGCAACAGCGACCGACAAUUCGCAGUGCAUCAUCUCUAUCACAGUCGGAACAAGACUGGUUGAAAAACCGUCGGAGUAAGACUGUUGAUCCUUUGGUCCAAUUUCUGCGCAAAUCGAACUUGACCGAUUAUGAUUAUGCCGGUUAUAUCACGUCCAAUUCACAGAAUUUCUCUGUUGUACCUAACAUCGGUAUUGCCGUGUCGGGCGGUGGUUAUCGCGCCCUGAUGAAUGGUGCCGGCUUCAUCGCUGCUGCAGACAGUCGUGUUCCUGGCUCCACGGAUACCGGAGGUAUCGGAGGUCUCCUACAAAGUAGCACAUACCUAGCCGGACUAUCCGGAGGUGGUUGGCUAGUCGGCUCUAUCUUCGCCAACAACUUCUCUACCGUCGUACAACUUCGUGACGGUUACCAAGGCUCUGCCUUAUGGCAAUUCUCUAACUCCAUCUUCCAGGGUCCCAAAAGCAGAGGAAUCUCGAUUGUUAACACCGUUUCGUAUUGGGACGAUAUCUUGAACCAGGUCGAUGAUAAGCGGAAUGCCGGAUAUGAUGUCUCUAUUACGGAUUACUGGGGGCGAGCUCUUUCUGUUCAAUUAAUCAAUGCAACCGACGGCGGACCUGCUUACACGUUCUCGUCAAUCGCCGAUGCCUCCAACUUCAAGAGUGCCGACACACCCAUGCCAAUUCUGGUGGCUGAUGAGCGUAGACCGAACACAAAAGUGAUCUCGCUGAAUUCAACCGUAUAUGAGUUUAACCCAUGGGAAAUCGGGUCUCACGACCCAACCGUCUAUGGUUUUGCACCCAUCCGCUAUGUAGGCUCCAACUUCAGCGGUGGCAGCAUUCCUGAUAGUGGUCAUUGUGUUGAAGGAUUCGACGCUUACAGCUAUGUCAUGGGUACGAGCAGUUCGCUGUUCAACGCUUUCCUCUUACAAAACCUCUCAUCGUCGGAUAUUCCGACGGUUGUGACCAACGCGAUCAGGGAUCUCCUUACCCAUAUCGGCGAUGAGAAUGACGAUAUCGCCGCCUGGAACCCGAACCCCUUCCUCGGAUAUAACAACGACACCAAUGCUAGUGCCGAUGAUGAGCAGCUGACUCUCGUCGACGGUGGCUUGGACUUGCAGAACAUUCCACUACACCCUCUACUCCAGCCGUCCCGAGGCCUCGACGUCAUCUUUGCGGUCGACUCAUCCGCCGACACGGGUACUAACUUCCCCAACGGCACGGCACUACGCGCGACCUACGACCGAAGCAAGACCGAUAUCGCCAACGGAACCGUCUUCCCCGCCGUCCCAGACGCCGAGACCUUCAUCAACCUAGAGCUCAACAAGCGGCCGACUUUCUUCGGAUGCAACACAUCCGAGUUCUCCAACGCAAGCCACAUCCCGCCUCUAAUCGUCUACGUGCCCAACGCGCCGUACACAAUCGCCAGCAACGUAUCCACCUUCGACCCGAGCUACUCCGACGCACAGCGCAACUCCAUCAUCAAGAACGGCUUCAACGUCGCUACCAUGGGCAACGGCACCGUCGACUCCGAGUGGACUGCUUGCGUCGCGUGCGCGGUGCUAAGCCGUAGUCUUGAACGCACUGGCACUACUGUCAGCGCCACGUGCCAGCGCUGCUUCAGCCGCUACUGCUGGAACGGGACCACGGACAGCAGGCCGGUGAGCAGCUACGAGCCGACGCCGAUCCUGCAGUUCGACACCCAGAGCUCGGGCGUUAGCCCGCGCAGCGGUGCCGGAAAGGGUUUAGUGUUCGGGGUCGUCGGGAUUGCGGCUUUGGCCCUCGCUUUCUAAGGGGGGGCGGUUGGGUUAUGAUGGAUGUUUGUUUGUUUGUUUCUUCCUUUCUUGAUUCCACCGUGUUGUGCACGGAUGGAUGGAUGGAUGGACGGGGUUAUUAGACGGACUUGACGAUAUGAUUUUAAUGAUCUGGGGCGUAUAUUUGCAUUAGCAUAGAUUGAGCGUAUGGACGGGGCCGAUACCCCCGAGGAUACGGUCAUUUGAUAGGGCCUCGUGUUUAUCAAGAGUUGUCCGCUUUUCACGUCGAGUCAUUCAUGGAUAGUGCUUGAAAUAUGGAAUGAUUUUUACGUGCUAC